AUGGAGGGAGGAAGUAGUUUUAGGAGUGAUAGCUCAUCAAUUUGGAGGAACAAUGAUGCUGAUGAGAUUUUUUCAAAUUCUUUCCAUCAAGAAGAUGAUGAAGAAGCUCUUAAAUGGGCUGCAAUUCAGAAACUUCCUACGUUCCAACGAAUGAGGAAAGGUUUGCUCACUUCACUUCAAGGGGAAGCGGUUGAGAUUGAUGUUAAGAAACUUGGGUUGCAAGAAAGAAAAGGUUUGCUUGAAAGACUUGUUAAGAUUGAUGAAGAUGACAAUGAGAAGUUUUUGCUCAAACUCAAGGAUCGAAUAGAUAGAGUUGGAAUUGAUCUUCCUACGAUAGAAGUUCGAUUCAAUCACUUGAAUAUUGAAGCGGAAGCUCAUGUAGGAAGCAGAUCUUUGCCUACCCUCACUAACUUCAUGGUUAAUAUAGUUGAGGUACUAUUGAACUCUUUUCAUUUACUACCUCGUAGAAAGCAACAUCUAAAUAUUCUCAAGGAUGUCAGUGGAAUCAUAAAGCCUUCAAGAUUGACAUUGCUUUUAGGCCCUCCAAGUUCUGGAAAAACCACACUCUUGUUGGCCUUGGCUGGAAAACUUGAUCCAAAUUUGAAGUUUUCUGGAAAGGUGACUUAUAAUGGUCAUGAGAUGAAUGAGUUUGCACCUCAAAGAACUUCUGCUUAUGUGGAUCAAAAUGAUCUUCACGUUGGAGAAAUGACUGUUAGAGAAACCUUGGCCUUCUCCGCAAGAGUCCAAGGAGUUGGGUCGCAUUAUGACUUGCUAGCAGAAAUAUCUAGAAAAGAAAAACAUGCAAAUAUAAAGCCUGAUCCAGAUAUUGAUGUGUACAUGAAGGCGGUAGCAAUUGAAGGCCAGAAGACAAAUUUGAUAACAGAUUAUGUCCUAAGGAUUUUGGGACUAGAGAUUUGUGCUGAUACUUUUGUAGGAAAUGCAAUGUUAAGAGGUAUCUCUGGUGGACAAAGGAAACGUGUUACGACCGGGGAAAUGUUGGUUGGACCGAAUAAAGUUCUAUUCAUGGAUGAAAUAUCUACUGGUUUGGAUAGCUCAACAACUUUUCAAAUUGUGAACUCAAUGAAGCAUUACGUCCACAUUAUGAAAGGAACUGCGGUUAUCUCACUCCUGCAGCCACCGCCAGAGACUUAUAAUCUUUUCGACGACAUUAUUCUACUCUCUGAUAGUCACAUUCUAUACCAUGGUCCCCUGGAUCACGUACUUGAAUUUUUCGAGUCACUCGGUUUUAAAUGUCCUAAUAGGAAAGGAGUGGCAGAUUUUUUGCAGGAAGUGACAUCAAAGAAAGAUCAAGAGCAGUACUGGGAACACAAAGAUCAGCCUUAUAGAUUUGUUACAUCGGUAGAGUUUUCUGAGGCGUUUAAAUCAUUUCAUGUUGGCAUAAGACUCGGUGUUGAACUUGGUACUGAAUUUGACAAGUCUAAGAGCCACCCAGCUGCUUUGACAACCAAGAAAUAUGGUGUGGGAAAAAUGGAACUGUUAAAAGCUUGCUUAUCAAGAGAAUAUUUACUUAUGAAGCGCAAUUCAUUCGUCUACAUCUUCAAGCUUUGCCAAACCUUCAUAAUGGCAGUGGUUACGAUGACCAUCUUUCUCCGGACUGAGAUGCAUAGAGAUUCAGUAGCUCAUGGAGGCAUAUAUGUAGGUGCAUUGUUCUUCGCUGUUGUUGUGACCACGUUCAAUGGAAUAGGUGAAAUUUCCAUGGUUGUUUCAAGACUUCCUGUUUUCUUCAAGCAAAGGGGGUACCUCUUUUUCCCUCCAUGGACGUAUGCUCUUCCAGGAUGGAUCCUACAAGUUCCCCUGACUUUUGUGGAAGUAGCAGUUUGGGUAUUCCUCACCUAUUAUGUCAUUGAUUUUGAUCCAAAUGUUGAAAGAUUUUUUAGGCAAUACCUUGUUCUUGUACUAGUACACCAGAUGGCUUCUGGGUUAUUCAGAUUUGUUGCGGCAGUUGGGAGGGAUAUGACAGUGGCUCUAACAUUUGGAUCAUUUACACUUGCCAUCCUUUUUUCUAUGGGUGGUUUUGUCCUAUCAAAAGAUGAUAUAAAGAAAGGAUGGAUAUGGGGAUUUUGGAUAUCACCUCUGAUGUAUGCACAAAAUGCAAUUGUAAAUAAUGAGUUCCUUGGGGAUAACUGGAAACAUGUUCUUCCUAACUCAACAGAGCCGUUGGGAGUUGAAGUUUUGAAAUCUCGCGGAUUCUUUACCGAGUCAUACUGGUACUGGAUAGGUGUUGGUGCUUUGACUGGAUAUACAUUACUUUUCAACAUAGGAUAUAUCCUUGCUCUCACUUUCUUGAAUCCAUUUGGGAAGCAUCAAACUGUUAUACCAGAGGAAUCUCAAAGCAGAAAAAGAACUAAUUUAUUGAAGUACACAAAGGAUACCACGACCACGACAUCAAGUCUUAGUACAAAAAGAGGAAUGGUUCUUCUGAUUGAGCCACAUUCAAUCACCUUCGAUGAAGUAACAUAUUCUGUAGACAUGCCACAGGAAAUGCGAAACCGGGGUGUUGUUGAGGAUAAGUUGGUUCUUUUGAAUGGUGUAAGUGGAGCUUUCAGACCAGGUGUUCUCACUGCUCUGAUGGGUGUGACUGGUGCUGGCAAAACAACUCUGAUGGAUGUGCUCGCUGGUAGAAAAACUGGUGGAUAUAUAAGCGGGGACAUCAGAAUUUCAGGAUAUCCUAAGAAGCAAGAAACCUUUGCAAGAAUUUCUGGAUACUGUGAGCAAAAUGAUAUCCACUCUCCUCAUGUUACUGUCCAUGAAUCUUUGCUCUAUUCAGCGUGGCUUCGUUUGUCCCCGGAGAUCAAUGCUGAAACCAGAAAGAAGUUUAUUGAGGAAGUUAUGGAACUUGUGGAACUAAAACCGCUGCAAAAUGCAUUAGUAGGACUUCCUGGUGUAAGUGGUCUCUCAACGGAGCAGGGCAAAAGGUUGACUAUUGCGGUUGAGUUGGUAGCUAAUCCUUCUAUAAUAUUCAUGGAUGAGCCAACAUCUGGGUUAGAUGCAAGGGCUGCAGCUAUUGUUAUGAGAACAGUUAGGAACACAGUUGACACCGGAAGAACAGUUGUUUGUACCAUCCACCAGCCUAGCAUUGAUAUAUUUGAAUCUUUUGAUGAGCUUUUGCUACUGAAGCAAGGAGGGAAAGAGAUAUAUGUGGGGCCACUUGGACAUCAUUCUUCCAAUUUAAUCAGUUACUUUGAGGAAAUACAAGGGGUUAGCAAGAUUAAUGAUGGUUAUAAUCCAGCAACAUGGAUGUUGGAAGUCACAUCUUCAUCAAAAGAAAUGGAAUUGGAGAUUGAUUUUGCAGAGGUGUACAAAAAUUCAGAACUAUACAGGAGAAACAAAACACUUAUCAAAGAAUUGAGUACUGCAGCUCCUGGUUCGACUGAUCUUUAUUUUCAUUCACAGUACUCGAGAUCAUUUUUUACACAAUGCACGGGUUGCUUAUGGAAACAACAUUUGUCUUAUUGGCGCAAUCCGACAUACACUGCUAUAAGAUUUCUCUUCUCAACCGUGGUAGCUGUUUUUCUUGGAACCGUGUUUUGGAACCUUGGCUCCAAAAUCGAAACAGUUCAAGAUCUUUUUAAUGCCAUGGGGUCCAUGUAUGCCACGGUUCUCCUAGUUGGCAUCAAGAAUGCUAAUGCAGUGCAGCCAGUGGUUGCCAUUGAAAGAACAGUAUUUUAUAGAGAAAGAGCUGCCGGAAUGUACUCAGCUUUUCCAUAUGCUUUUGCUCAGGUUGUAAUUGAGCUUCCAUAUGUUUUUGUACAAGCUGUGAUUUAUGGAUUAAUAGUUUAUGCUAUGAUUGGUUUCGAGUGGUCUGUUGGUAAAGUUUUUUGGUACCUAUUCUUCAUGUAUUUUACCUUCCUCUACUUAACUUUCUAUGGUAUGAUGUGUGUGGCCAUGACCCCAAACAGCGACAUUUCAAUCAUAGUUUCCUCUGCAUUCUAUGCUGUAUGGAAUCUCUUCUCAGGGUUCAUAAUCCCAAGACCAAAAAUUCCAGUGUGGUGGAGAUGGUAUAGUUGGGCAAAUCCAGUGGCUUGGAGUUUGUAUGGAUUAUUGGUAUCACAAUAUGGAGAUGUAAAACAAAACAUUGAAUCAAGUGACGGAGGAGUAACUACAGUGGAAGAGUUUUUGAGAGAUUACUUUGGUUUCAAGCAUGAUUUUCUAGGAGUUGUUGCUGCUGCUAAUAUUGCAUUACCAGUAGCUUUUGCUUUGAUCUUUGCCAUAUCAAUCAAGAUGUUUAAUUUCCAAAAGCGUUAA